AUGGCAAACUGGGCAAUUUGGAUCGACAAAAAUUGCAAGCCGUCCAUUCAUGCCGUUGAAACGAACUACGAACCGCUUGACAAUGAAGUUUUGGUCAAUGUGCAGUAUUCCGGAAUCAACCCAGCCGACAUCAAACAUGCGACGAUUGGAUUCUAUGACUCUGUCGCUGGCUACGACUUCGCUGGAAUCGUCAUCAAAUCCGGACGUGAGAAAGAGAGCCAGUUUAAACAAGGCGAUCGUGUCCUCGGCUUUGCAGCGCCCACUGUAGACAAGCCACAGCAAUAUGGAACACACCAGGACUUUCACUGCGCCCGGCACUUCAUAUAUCAUGUCCCCGUACACAUGCCUAUGACGGAUGCUGCCUGCUUGCUGGUUGUGACCCAUACCGCCGCCGAUGCGAUCUUCAACCAGCUUGAGCUCCCUCUGUCACCCAACGGGGAUAAGUCCCAGCCUCUCCUCAUUUGGGGUGGCUCUGGAGCUGUGGGAAGCUCUGCGAUUCAAUUUGCCAAGAAGGCGGGUUGCCAUCCAAUCUUGGUCACGGCUUCGCCCAAAAAUCACUCAAAGCUACUCGAACUCGGCGCAACAGAGUGCUUUGAUUAUAACGACAAAGAGGUCGUAUCCCAGAUCCGCUUGGCCGUGGCAAGAUAUACUUCAAAGCCACUCCGCCGGGUUUUCGACUCGAUUGUAGCUCCAACCGAGCCAUCCUCUACAGCCCUGUGCGAGGCUUGUGUCGAUGACGCCAGUGAUACCCUGUUCACAUCCCCAAUCCCAGUCAAGAACGGCACAAAGAUAUGGCGCCGAUCAUUUGCUUGCCGGAAUGUCGAUGUGGAUUUCAAGCUUCCAAAUGGUCAGGUUCUCAUACAUCGGGCCAAUCACGAUUUGCAAGAUAUUAUCGACCAAGCUACGAAAUGGGCGAUUGAAAAUUACGGGAAGGAGUACCGCCUUCCAAGUAUUGUAGUAGUGAAGGGUGGAGAGGAAGGCAUGCAGGCUAUGAGAGAAUCGGCUAACGGGAAGGCCAGCAUGCAGAAAUUUGUCAUUGAGCAUCCGAUUUAG